CUCAAUUAUCCUCUCACUUGGUUUAGCUGUAGGGGUAAAAGAAAGUUCCUAUCUGAAUAACAUCGUCACCAUUUUGAAUAUAGCCGUGGUGAUGUUUGUUUUUAUCGCUGGGGGGAUGAAAGCCCAAUGGAGUAAUUGGACAAUUGCAAAAAGUGCUGAUUCCAGUAUAGGAAAAGGUGGAUUUUUUCCUUUUGGUGUGACUGGAAUGAUAAAAGGUGCCGCUACUUGUUUCUAUGGUUUUGUAGGCUUUGAUUGCAUUGCUACCACUGGUGAAGAAGCCAGGAAUCCUCGAAGGAGUAUACCAAUUGCCAUUUUGGCAUCGCUGGGUAUAAGUUUGAUUGCGUACUGUGGAACAUCUGCGGUGGUAACGUUAAUGGUACCAUACUACGAACAGGAUAUCAAUUCACCUUUACCACAUGCUUUUGAUGUUUAUGGUAUGGCUACAGCCAAAUGGAUAAUCACCAUUGGAGGAUUAUUUGCCCUUUCAGCAAGUCUCUUCGGCGCCAUGUUUCCUUUACCACGGAUAAUCUACGCAAUGGCUAACGAUGGUCUUAUUUUCCGUUUUCUUGGUAUAGUAAACGCAAGAUUUGCAACGCCUAUGAUUGGCACUAUACUUGCCGGAGUUCUCACUGGAAUUAUCGGGGGUUUAUUCGACCAAGGUCAACUGAUUGACAUGAUGUCAAUUGGCACAUUGCUAGCUUAUACGAUCGUAGCUGCAUGUGUUCUUAUUUUGAGAUAUUCCGUCAGCGUUGGGAAGGUGCACAUACACACAGAUUAUGAUGACGAUGCUGUUGGGUCCCUGGGACAAAAUGGCGGAUGGUUCAGUGUGUUGAUGAACAGUGGAAGUGUUAAACGCCCAACGGAGAAGAGUGAAUUUAUUGUCACAAUACAAGUUGGUUUUUAUUGUAUACUUGCUAUUUUAUGUGGAUUUUGUGCAAAGUACCUUCCUGAUGAUAUCAGCAACGGGGAAAUUUAUGCUAUAGUGCUGCCAUCUGUUGUGGUGGCGUUGAUGAUUUUACUGGUGAUCUCAAUGUGCUUACAACCACAAAAUGAUACAAAUCUGUCUUUUAAG